UCUGCCGUCACAGCACGAAGAGGAGUCGAGGAGCAAGAAGCAAUAACAAACAAACAAAUCUAGCAGCCAGCUAACGCAACUUUGGGGAACCGAGAACGUCGGCAGAGUAUCAGUUUCACGGCGGGAGACGCCUGUUACUGGUUUUUAUACGACCACUUAAACGUGUAGGAUACGAUGUACACAACCAACAAAGAAGACAAAUAGUAAUCCGUCACGUAACUGUUUAGUGUAACUGUAAGCAGCCAAGGAUGGUUCAGCGUGGUGUGUGGUGUGCGGGGGCUCAAUGGAGUGUCCUUACAGCGGUUUUCUGCGCCAUACUUGUUCCCUCGCCUACACAUGCCUACAUAUACGCUCAUUAUAGCAAUAUGACUUCCAUGCUGUUUGAGGACCUCCCUGCCUUGUUUGGAGCUCGACUUCCAAAGGACGGACUAAAGGGGAUUUUGACGGUGUCCAAUCCACUUAAUGGCUGUGCAAUAAUUGACCCUCCUCCUCCAGUGCCACCAUCGUAUGACGCAAAUACAACCAAAUUCAUCGUUCUCAUCAGACGCUUUGAUUGCAAUUUUGAUAUAAAGGUGUUGCACGCUCAGCAGGCUGGAUACAGUGCUGCAAUAAUCCACAACAUGUAUUCAGACACUCUGCUGAAUAUGAACUACAGCAAUGACACCAUUGCAGAGGAGAUUGAAAUUCCCUCUGUAUUUACCAGCUACUAUGCUUCCCAGAUUCUCAGGAAUUUCAUAAUUCCAGAGCAGGGGGCUUAUGUGAUCCUCAAGCCAGAGUUUGCAUUUCCACUCUCAUAUUACCUUAUUCCCUUCACUGGAGUCAUUGGCAUGAUCAUUCUGGUGAUGUGUGUUGUCUUGAUUAUACGAUGUGUUCAGUACAGAAAAAGACUGAGGAAAAAUCGUUUGUCCAAGGAACAACUGAAGCGCAUCCCAACCCACAGGUUCCGCAAAGGAGAUGACUAUGAUGUGUGUGCUAUCUGUCUGGAUGAGUAUGAAGAGGGAGACAAGCUGCGGGUUUUACCUUGUUCACACGCUUACCACUGCAAAUGUGUGGACCCGUGGCUCACACAGACCAAGAAGACAUGUCCCGUGUGCAAACAGCGUGUCACUCGAAACAAAACAGAGCAAUCUGAGUCCGAGUCUGAGGAGGAGGAGGGCAGAGGACGUGGGGAGGAAGAAGGGGCAGAGGGUGAAGGAGACACUGAGCGCACUCCCCUCCUUCGGCCCUCCAACCCCGGGUCCCCGUCAGUGAGUCCGGGGGCCUAUUCGGCCACUACCACCACCACCACUGCCCAGUGCCUGGCCUCACCUGUGCGCUGCGAUUCCCCCCUCCUGGAUUACGAAGGCUACCACUCCCCGCUGGAGGACACAGACUCAGAAAGCGGAGAAGACGGGCACACCGAUGACGACACCGCACAGCUGAUCGGUAGGGAUAGAGUGGAUGUCUGAUGGCUGGAACUACACUUUAAUGAGAACCUAAAAAAGGGUCUUUAUGUCUCGCUUAUCACACUACACUACACUUAUGUGGUUAGCUAGACAUUGAACAUAACAGAACCUUUUCCCAAGUAACCAGAGGAGGUCUUCUUGAUUGUGUCAAAGCACAUGCAGCACUUGCAUUGAAAAAUUUACUAAAAAUUAAAAAUCAACUAAGUUUUUACACACAUUUACCCCUCCAUGUCUGUAGAAUUCCUUUUUUAUGCAUGUUUUAUUUCAGAACUUGACCACACUACCUGACCUAACCACUAGUGCUCCACAUAAGCACAGGCCACUGACACUUCUAAAGUGCUGUAUGAAUAAGAGCGUUUCUGUAGUGAAUAACGAAUGAUUUCUGUGCUUCAAGUGCAUCUUGUAGACUCCUUAUUUAAGGUUAGGUCAGAGCAGUUUGAAGACUUGCUGCUGUCUUAAUCAGUUUUUUAUCCGCUGCUCCUUUUUCACAGCUUCCUCUCACAUUGUGUGAAAGAGGAGGGAACUGUCUGUCUUUAUUUAAAGUUUUAAACCCCGUAGCUCUCAUUUUUUAUAACAAUUUUUUAAUUCUAUGAAAUUGAUCUCAAAUUUCACCACACUUUAAUCAAACACUGCAAAGAUCUUAAAUGUUUCUGCUGCUUUUACAUUUGUAUCGAUAAUUCUGUGUGGUCAGUCUAAGGAGCAUUUCUAGCUUUAUCCAGUUUGUCAAGUUGAACAAACUCAGGUUUACAGCAGCAACGUAAAGGUCAGUGGGUUUUGUAAAUGAAUAACAUAGAGAGAGUGUUACUGGUUUGGUCGAAGAGAUUGUUUUUAGCUUUUUGUUUCUUCUUCAAAUCAGUGAAUUUAUGAAAUUUGGGACCCUCAAGGUUUGUUUUUUUUUAGUUAAGAAGAGCAUUAUUGCCUUACAUUAGCCUUGGUGUACAUGCUUGUAUGUAAAAUUAAAUAUCUGGAAACUGAAGGGACAGGAUUCACACUCCUUUGUUUUCCUCUUGUCUAGCUGUAUUUAAUACUGCUUUCUUCUUGUUUCCUUGUCUGAAAUUUGUUUUCAAAAUGACAAAAAAAGAAUGAGAACAUUUGUAGUGUUCCUAAUAAGACUUUUGCACCUGGAAGUUUCUUCAAGCUUAUUGGCUGUCGAACCACAUAAGGCUUGUUUCCUUAUGUCGCCAGUGUGUGGUCAAAUAAACUGACUGCAUCACUAAUAGAAGCUGUUAGAGUUGUUUCAGCCAAACUCUUAUCACUUUUCUGUCAUGUUUCACGAUUUUUUUCAGAUCCUAUACUCCCAGCUUUGUUUUUUUUUUUUUUUAAAUGUGUAAUGACUUCAGGUGUGGAGUUUCUCCUAAAGUUCCUCUCAUGUAUGUAAAAUGAGUGCUGCCGAUGUUGUUAUAGUUGUCAUCAGUUUAAAAACCAGUUCAGAUCUAUACGACACUAAAGGAGGGACUGAACUGAUCCGUCACUAAACAAAAUAACAGAGGAAACACUGAUGACAGUGAACACAUGUUUAUUCUCCAUCUGAGCAUUGUUUACUGCGUUUUGAUGUUGAAAAUGAGAAUCAGUAGGAAAUCACAACAUUCCAUCUUUGUAUGUAGCUGAUAAUUGAAUAAAACACUAUCAAGUUUUAAUUGGGACUCGUUGGCAAUAGUCUAUAAUGUAAAAUCAAAGCGCUGUUUUCCUAUUUACAGUAAGCUUCAGAUGUCUUUUUGUACUGUUUCUUUUCUGUUCUGCUCUAAAUGUCUCGAUUUUUGAGACUGUUAACUGAAACGAUGAUAAACUGUCGCCCCUCUGUAUGAUUUAUUUCUCCUUCUUUUAGAAUGUGCCUAGUUCAUUACAUGGAAAUAACAAAUGUACAGUGUCAACUAUGAUUUUUAUGUAUAAAGCAGGUCUGAGAAUCCUUAGGAUGUAUAAACACAGUCUGUGGAAAGCCGCAUUAAAUGUGUGAUUUGUUGAAGAUUAAAUUGAUCUUGAAAUGGGA